AUGGAGACCCAGAGGCCUAGCCUCUCCCUGGGACGGUGGUCACUGUGGCUACUGAUGCUGGGACUAGUGCUGCCCUCAGCCAGGGCCCAGGCCCUCAGCUACAGGGAGGCCGUGCUUCGUGUUGUGGAUCAGUUCAAUGAGCGGUCCUCAGAAGCUAAUCUCUACCGCCUCCUGGAGCUAGACCCGCCUCCCAAGGACGACCGCAGUGCUCGAAAGCCUGUGAGCUUCAGGGUGAAGGAGACCAUGUGCCCCAGGUCGAGCCUGCAGCCCCCGGAACAGUGUGACUUCAAGGAGAAUGGGCUGGUGAAAAAGUGUGUUGGAACAGUCAGCCUGGACCAGAUUGAUGACCAGUUUGACCUAAACUGGUCAAAUGAGGGAAAGGCCAUGGCCAAAGCCAUUACCAUUACCAGUGCCAAGGCCAGGGCCAAGGCCAUGGCCAAAGCCAUUACCAUUACCAGUGCCAAGGCCAGGGCCAAGGCCAUGGUCAAAACCAUUGUGAUAAUCACUGUGAAGGCCAAGGUCAAGUUUAGCACUGUGGCCAAGACCAAUGCUAAGUCCACAUCCAUUCCUGAUGACAUCUCCCAUUCCAAGGUUUCCUGGGAAAUAGUGAAGGAUUGGCUGCCAUCACACCCGUUAAAGAAUUUUGAUGAAUCCUGA